CGAACAAUUAUCAAUCCAGUAGAAAGGGAGCUGCGCCUACCUAGAUUCCCGCCUGAGGAUGUCCACCCAGGGCUGUCUCUAAGGGAACAGAAAAUUUCUCGAUCUCUGGCGUUAAUUGCGUGGGCUCUAUGGCUUCGUGAAAAGGUUGGAUAUUGCAAUCGAGGCGCACAUACUCUUGAUAUACAAACUGAAACUAAUGAGACUGAAACGCUUGGUGCUCUCGCUGCCACUUGUGCGCUACAUUUAAACUCUAUGGGGAUGCUCUUUGGUGACAACGAAGAGCUUCAUAGCCGUCAGUUAUCGCUCUUGGAAGCUGCUGCCUCAAUGAAUCCAACCAAAACAGCUACAGUCAUUGCAUGGGGGUUUCCAGCACAGAAAAUCCCUACACGGCAUCUUAAACGUUAUAAAGGCCUACGACAAGUCGUCCAGCAAUCAUGUAUGGAUUUGUCGCUAGAAGAGAAAGAGAUGCAUUACCAGCAGGUUCGAACACGCAUGAGGCGAGCAUUUCAAGGCACCCUUCAAAGCGAAAAGCUGACGCAGAACGAUAGCGAUGAUAUUGACAUACUAGUGAAUUGCUGCUGUGACCAGGAGUUUUUACAGAUCAUGUCGGUACUGGCGAAAUGUCCCUAUGAAGUGGUAGCUGUCAGUAAUGAUAAUCCUCCGCAUGAAUCCAGCACGUCUACGUCUGAACCACGAGAAGACUCGCAUGAGAAUGAUCAAAAUGUGCUACCGGUACACACUAAAAGUGAAGAAACUCUAAAUCGUACGACUGACCAAGUACAGAUCUCGGAGAGCUCAAUAUCUCGAGACGAAGUGAUGGCACUACUGCAAGCGCAAACACGGCAUCUUGAAGACAGAAUCCACGCCGUAACAUCUACCGGACGAUCUAGCUCAGCGAGCUCUCAUGAAGUGGUCCAACCUGAGGAAGUUAUUCGAGACGUAAAGGGAUUGCCAUCUGAGCUGCUACCUCAUACGCUCGAUGUUACAAGUAAAUCUGCUGGUGAUUUAGCUGACGUUCAGAAAAUGGCACGGAUAUCACUUCAAGUCCGCGAUAUGAGUCGACAUCGAUACUCUUCGGCUAGCUCAGACGCUAGUAAACAGGCAAAACCAGUUUGUAAGCCGACCCAACGUCAUGACUCUGUUCGGAAUGCACUCAAACUAUUUCGACUCCGGCAAGAAAACUCUGGUCACACAACCGGGGAAACGGAGGGUUCGGCUGCUGCUAAUGAAAAUGGAACGCCAAACAUUGGAAAUGGUGACAGUACGAAGACUAGUCGUGAUAUCGAAUGUCCUGCUGCUUCUCCAAAACCCAAUAGGCAAAAGCGUGAUGGUGUCAAAAGGAAACCCUCGAAAAAUCAACGAAGCAGCGAAACCCAACGCUUUCUGGCAAAAGAACCGGUAUAUCCUUUGCGCCUAGAAUACGGGAUCGAGAAAGCGAGCCUAAAGCUACUAGGUAGAAACGCGCAACAACGGAAUCCUUCAGUAAAAAGAAGACAAUUCGUUCACCAGGAGCAUCAACGGACCCCGAAGACGUACACACCCAACCCAAAGGCUCUGCACGAUAGUGUUGAAUCGACAGAGGUGAUUCAGCUGAAGACAGCAAGCGCACAGACAAGUGACUCUAUCGUUCCAACUUCUGCAGCGAAAGAAAUGAAUGAGUCUGUAAGCACGCAGCAAAACGACUCUGGGCCGGAGAAAGGGUCACCCAUGACGCAGGAGUGUGAAACUGCACCCAUCAACGUAAAGAGCUCGCAAAACGGUGUUGGAAUUCAGUGUCGUCUGAAUGAGACUGGGCCAACUAAGGGUGGUCGAAGAAAGCAAUCACCACCACCGCUGAACAUUGUGGACAAGUAUCCGGUCUGGCUUGACCUAAAUGGCGGGGCUCAUUUCAAGGAAAAGAAAUAUUUACAAGUAGCUCGUUUUGGCAAUUCAAACGCGGUUGAUGCGACUGUAACCGAGGACACAACUAUGCCAGUCUCUGUUCCGACCGUAGUUGUUCGAAACGUAAAUUCAGAGGAUGGAAGUGAUGAAAACCAGUCCGACGGUCAGCGCUCACCAAGCGUUAGUAGUGACCAAGGCCAAGAAAACGAUGCUGCUGAACAACUGGGUGACACAAUGAGGACAAGAUAUCGUGCCAGAUACCGAGAACUUUAUCCUGUACGAGAACGCUUACAAAGCACAGCUAGCGUUGAACGAGAGAGGACAAGCGGGAUCAAUUCGUUAAUUGACCUGCGCGACAACAUGCAGCGAAUGACGCAACGUCUCAGAGUAUUGGAGACUUGUGCGAAUUCAAUCGACGAGGAAUUUAAGGUUUCCCAGAAGCGCCUUAGUCGGAUUGGCGAUGUCGUCUCGGAUGGAACUUCACCACCAGCUAGAGUACUAGAAGAUAUCGAUGAAGUCUUGGAAAUGACUGAAGAUUCGGGACACCAAGAAGGAGAAAAUAAACCAGGAAGAAGCUUGCUGUCGAAGAAAGCUUCGAGUGACAUGGAGGCCGCCAAAAAACUCCUGGAGACCAUCGAGCAGCUCACAACAAGCAAGGACGACAAAUGACGAACCUGCGCGGCUUUCGUCUUCUAUGCAUGGUGACUGGAACUUAAAAAUCAGGAAUUGAAGCUGAUUUCUCGCGCAGCAGGUUGGCCAUUAGCCUCUUCAGUCUCGCGUUUGCUGGCCUGAUACGCGCGCCCGUGCUCGUACCAUUUUUUGCUUGUCAACGACCUAGAAAAUCAAAACGUAAGAGGUGUAAGUUCUUUAACCAGCAACAUCAAACGAAAUCUCAUUAUAACAAAAACGC